AUGGGUACCUCUGCAAAGAAAGUUAGUUUGCUAUUUGAUACUGCCUAGGAUUGGUUAUCUGUUGAAUCUGCUGGGUGUAGAACAUGCGCUGGAUCCAACUACAAUAUUGGUAGCUCUUCAAAUUACAAACAAGCCUCUAAUAGGGCUAGUUAUCAUUUCUAUGGAACCUCUGGCUGGCUUGGAUAUAACUCGACUGAUGAAGUAUAUCUAGAUUCCACAAAAAGUAUCGGUAUUAGUGAUUUUCUUUGGUUCUUAGUAAUUGAUCAGUAAGGAAUAGGGAAAAUUAGCAACUAUAUGGUUUCAAUGAACUUAGGAAAUUAAGACUCUCAAAGUUUUGUUCAGAUUGGAGGUUAUUCUAAUUCAUAAAUGAGAGACCCCUCAAAAUUAAUUUGGAUUGAAUCAACUCUUGAUUUCUAUUGGACUGUGACAAUCAAUGGCUUCAAAACUACUAAAGGAGCAUUAUAUGCAAAUCAGCUUUUAUCAGUUUACACAUCCUCUCGAUUUAAAGGCAUAAUAGACUCUGGAUAGCCUCUUAUAUAUCUACCAAAGAGUAAUUCUUUAGGAAAGGUUUAUGCGUACUAUGAAAAUCUAUUUAUGGUUUCUUGUGAAACUUCAGGUUUUGAUCCCAUUUCAGUAUUGAUUAAUGGCAAUUGGUUUGAGAUUUCUCCAGAAACGUAUAUUGUAGAGGUAAAAGAAAGUCCAUAAAUCUGUGCUCUUGGAUUCUAAAUUAAUGGUGAUGAUGCUUUUAUUCUAGGAAAUGUAUUCUUAAGAAACUACUAUACUAUAUUUGAUUACUAAAACAAUAGAAUAGGGUUUUCUCCACAGAAAUUAUCUUAUAUUUCUGAUAUCAGUUUGUAUGAGAAUUAUAGUGGAAUAGGCUUUAUGAUUUUUACUGAAGAAUUCUUUUACAUUUGCGGUUGGAUAAUCAACAUAGUAUUUUUUAUAGCUCUUUUCUAUGGUCUAUUGUACCUUUUACAGUGGAUUAACAACAAAUAAUGA